UCAUGGGCACUGGGCACUCUGAUUUCCUCUUGCAAUUACUCCAAAUGCUUCUUAAUGUCUGUAAAAGAUAUUUAAUAGGGCUCUUACUCAAACUUUACACUCGAUCGUAGCGUAGAAAAUGAUACAGAACGUUCAAAUUGUAUUUCUUGUACCUUCUUAAACGUCUAUUUUUAUUUCGGUUCGGUUAAAAGAAGAUCUGAUCGAACAGAGAAAUCGGUCGUUAACGAUUAGAACGCGGUUUUGAUUGACGCGAGAGCGGGAAGAAAAAAUCGGGAAGCUUAAUUUUACAGAAGGCGGAGACUGCGCUACAGCGCGGGAUGCUGGAUGAUCAAUACCGACCACCGUAGCAAAUCCUGGACCAAGAGGUGCACAGGUACAGUCAAGAGAGAUAGAGGCGAGCAUCAUGAAAACAGUCACGCAUACUUGCACGCCAGGAUCCACGGAUCUACCUGGGGAUGACUCGAUCGAGGAUAUUGCCGAAUCGGUCGACGAGCUCCGAGAGAAAUUGGCCAACAUGAAGAGGUUGAUGGAAGAGAAGCGAGGCAGCACCCUGGGUGAGAUAAGCGCGAGGAAGAGAAAGGAGACUUCGGAUAUCAUAGACGGGAACUUUCUCUCUUGGAUAUUCGGCUCGGCGCUUAUCAUCAUCCUCAGCGUUAGCUUCUACGCUUUUUACAAUCUUUACCACGCGGUCUUGAAGAAGUUCCCCUCGCAUCAUACGGAACUGUAAAUAGACGGUGCGAUCCGCGAUUCAUUUAAGGAAAUCUAUCGAUGUUCUUCGGUUUUAACGUUUGUCCUCAUGAUACUGUACAAGAAAACUUGUAUUACGAUCGCGACGAAGCAUGCGACAUAUCAUCGGUCAGGUCAUCGUGGUCUGGAACGGCAGAAGGAAUCGAGAAAGGGAUGGUGAGCGGGCUCCUUUGACGUGCACUUAAUAAGUUCAACGAAAAUUUUCUCGUACUUUUCGCAUGUAUCCACAAGAAGGUUUCUGGAACAGUAACUAAGUACGAUAGUCUCAGACAGAUGAUUGAUUCAUCGAAGUAUCACCACGCAUUAAACGCAUCGGAGAAGGAGCGAGUGUCUUGAACCGUCUCUCUGAAUUACCUAUUCGUUUCAAUGCAUUUGCGAAAACAUAGACGAUUCAAAGGGUGAGGCAUUUAAAGGAAAAAUCUUUAGAAAGAAGAAAGGGGAUGUGCGCGUUCUUCGUUUUUUCCAAAUUUUCUCGUCUCGUCCGAAAAACCGAGAAUCUUCUCGUACAUAGCUACUUAUCGUUAGUACUCGCAGAGAUGAAGAGGGUACUCGACGCUGUGAAACAUCGAUAAUGAACGAGAAACGAUGCGAUCAACGGUUCGUUUCUUUAUAUUCUAUCACUUAACGCGAGAAUCUUUCGUGUUCGUCAUUUAUUGGAAUGUACAUAUUGUGAAUAUUAAAUAAAGAUUCGAUCGAAAA